UUAACAGAUUUUUACUUUAAAAAUCAUGAUAUUGCAGGGAUUAGACACUCCGAGUUUUAGUGUGUCUGUGGGAUACAUUAUUACCACCGCAGUGGUGAUGAGACUUGCCCGUUUAAUUUUGCUACAAGUCGUUGCUUCUAAAUAUUACCAAAUUAUAUUGCUCGAGUUUAUUGCCACUUUCGAACUACUCGCAACAUGUUUCGAGUUUGGCGUGGUAAUCGAAACUCACGGAUUUCUUGCAUACACUGGUCUCAUGCUUAUCAUGUUCAAUUACUGGGGACACGCUUGGAAAUCUCCAAAUUUCCCUAAUCAAUCUGCCACCGUAGCCCCACACCCCCAUAUUCUGGACAUUCUACAAAGGAAACCCGGCUUAAAAACGUCUCUCACAAAAUUAUUUGCCCAGUUGACGGCAGCUUCGUUAGUUUACACGGUCUAUGUAAAACCUAUCUGGAGUUUAGGAUAUAGGAUAACCCAUCUGAAAAGAAUUCAGCAAGCUCAUUGUUUUACUCAUCUUCAGGUUUCUGUGACUCUUGGUUUAGUUGUGGAAGCGUUGGCCACAUUCGCGUUUAGUUUUGCCAUUCAAGCCUUUGGACAAAGAAAGCACAAUUUUCUAUCACUUCCGCUAACUCUUGUGUCAAUAGUAUACGCAGGAAUUACCUAUACGGGCUGCUACUUUAAUCCAAUCUUGGCAUCAACAAUUCAAUUUGGUUGUGGUGGAAUUACUUGGAGGGACCAUUUGGUAGUGUACUGGGGUGGCCCACUUCUGGGAUCUAUCAUAUUCGAAAUGUUCUCAAAAUUUAUGACGAAUAACUCAUUAUUGCGCAACGGAAAUGCUAAAAAGUUUAAAUAGUAGUUGUCUAAUAAAUAAAAGGGUUAUUUAUGUAAUUAGA